AUGCUGCGUCUGAGUCUGAGCACCACAUACCUGCUGCUGCUGUCGUGGGUGCAUGUGGUGCCAGGACAUACCACUACCCCCUACCAGCUUGAUGUACCGUACAGCACGUCGUGGGGGGACUGGGGUGCCACAGAGAUGUGUCCUGUAGGCUCUUACGCUGUUGGCUUCAGCAUCAAGGUGGAGGGUUCGCAGGGCUCUGGAGACGACACGGCUGUUAACGGGAUACGCUUGUACUGUUUGGACCCCAGCAACAAACGGCAGACAACGUAUGAAUCUAAUCUAUUAUUAUUAUUCAGUUGGGGGGACUGGACUGCGGUGAAGAGCUGUGAAAGUGGAUACCUGGCCUCCUUUAUGCUCCGCGUCGAGUCUGCACAGGGCAGGGGUGACGACACAUCCGUCAACAACAUCAAAUUCAUCUGCAGCGGCACCGGCGCUCAGCUGGAGGGUGAUGGGAUGCAGUGGGGCGAGUGGGGACACUGGAGCAGGAAGUGUCCCAAAGGCGCCAUCUGUGGGCUGAGGACCCGUGUGGAGGAUCCGCAGGGCGGAGACGAUGACACGGCGCUCAACGACGUGCAGUUCUUCUGCUGCAAAUAA